AUGUUGACCAGAGAUGGCUCUUUGUGUCAGUCAAUACCUCUGUAUGAUGAUGUGCGUUCGAUCUACGAACUCGAAACAUUCUACCAUGUGAAGCUUUCCCAAGGCCGAAUCGAGCGAAUUGCAGAAUAUGUCACGAACAAGACUAUGGAGCUGGUCCAAGGCUUCUCCAGCGAGUUCGACGAACUCGAUCAGCAGAGUAAAGUGGAGUACCUGCUCUGUAUGAAUUAUUUGAGAAGAAAGACCCAGGUGUUGAGGGCGGAUUGGUUCAAGCUGGAUGAGCUGGAGCCGUUGCUGAGUGGCUGGGCGGGCGGUCUGGUGGAGCUGUGUGAGAAGCGACAGAAAGUUGUGCCGACGACGGGCCAGGAUGCUGCGAAGAUCUUGUCGGACGCUUCCAAAGGCAUUGAUGGGCUUUCUGUUCGAAUCAAAAAAGGGAAGUUGUCUAUAGAGAAUCGGUUUGCGCCAUACCGGGCGGCGGAGCAGAUUGAACAGCUGCACCAACUUUUGGGGGAGUGGUAUGGAUUCUAUGAAGGCUAUGAUCCGCUGUUUCCUUGGUGGACUAGCAAGCCGUGGAGUGAUCUGUCAACGAGACUGCAAGAGCUGGUACCUCUCAUCAGAGAGAAACUCGUUGGCAUCAAACCCGGAGAAGACGAUGCGAUAGUAGGCCAGCCGAUCGGCCGUGAGGAAAUCGACAACGAGCUUAAGGCGGAGAUGAUUCCCUACACACCGGAAGAACUGAUUCAAAUCGCUGAGCGAGAAUACGCAUGGUGUGAAAAGGAAGCCAUAAAAGCCGCGCAAGAAAUGGGUCUAGGCAAAGACUGGCGCAAAGCCCUCGAACACGUCAAGAACAUGUACGUCGAACCAGGCCAACAGACAUAUAUGGUGCACGAACUCGCCCAAGAAGCCAUCGACUACGUAACGAAAUACGACAUGGUCACCGUCCCACAAAUCGCAAAGGAAUGCUGGCGGACGUAUAUGAUCCCGCCUACGCAACAGAAAGUCAGCCCGUUCUUCCUCGGCGGACCAUAUAUCCAGGUCUCGUACCCGACGAACACCAUGACACACGAGGAGAAGCUCAUGGUCAUGCGAGGGAACAGCAAACCUCUCUCCCGCUCGACGGUCUUCCACGAACUGAUCCCCGGCCACCACCUCCAAUACCACUACAUGCCACGCAGCAAACCGCACCGCCAACUCUUCGAAACGCCCUUCUGGAUCGAAGGCUGGGCGUUCUACUGGGAGAUGAUCCUCUGGGAUCGAGGGUUCCCCGGCACGCCCGAGAACCGCAUGGGUAUGCUCUUCUGGCGCAUGCACCGCUGCGCUCGGAUCGUCUUCUCGUUGAGAUUCCACUUGGGGCAGAUGACGCCGCAGGAGUGUAUUGAUUACCUCGUGGAGAAGGUGGGCCAUGAGCGGUCGACGGCGGAAGGGGAGGUGAGGAGGAGUUUUAAUGGGGAUUAUGGGGCGUUGUAUCAGGCUGGGUAUAUGAUUGGGGCUUUGCAGCUUUACGAGUUGAGGAGGGAGGUUGUGGAUGCUGGGAGGAUGACGGAGAAGCAGUUUCAUGAUCGGGUGUUGAGGGAGAAUACGAUGCCGAUUGAGAUGGUGAGGGCGUUGGUGAAGGGGGAGAAACUGGAGAGGUUCUAUAAGCCUUCGCGGAGGUUUUAUGAUCUUUGA